AAGAAGGAGGAGGAGCAGGAGCUGCCUGAAUACUUACAGCUGCAUCAGACAGUGGUCAGGAAGAUCGGUGAAAUCUGCAGAAUAGUCAAUCAGCGUAUGCUGCUGCAGGACCUACAUGACAGCCAUGUGUGUAACUCUCUGCUGGUGGCUGAGAGUGAGGAAGACAUCUGGAAGAAUGAGUCUCUGUACAGGCAGAGGCUCAACACCUCUGAUGACUACAACACAGAGGAGAGCUACCAGGCCAGAGACUACCUGGCAGCCACCAUGCAGUUCAUCCCUGGACAUUUUGCCUGUGAUGUGGUGUGGAGCACAAUCAUCCACAUUCACCCACGUCUCAAAAUGGGACCCAACAUGGGGGUGUCCAGGGCAAUCCAGGCCCUGCGCUCUGUGCUGAACUCUUUCUGUGUGGUCAACAGGAAGAACAUGUUUGUCUACCAGGAGCGUACUACAAAAUCAGUCUUCUACCUCAGGCUCUGUGAAACUUCACUAACAGGGAAAUACUCUGACAUGGAUGGAAACCUCCCCAUGACUCGCUCCAUUGGACUUUUCAGGAGUCAAGAGCCCUUGUUCUCCGAGGACAUCAUGGGAUCCAAGUCCUCUCUGGAGGGAUCUCGGCCAGUUGGACAAGUAGAUAAGCACAUCCUGCUGCUGGUGCAUGGAGUGGGCAAUGCAGGCCCAGAGAUCACAGACGAACUGGUUAAAGUUCUGCGGAAGCGCCUGGAUGAAACCACUUUGGACAUCAUCACUGUCAUGCUCGUCAGGAACUGCAAGUUGACCCCAGCUGAUGUGGAGUUCAUCCAGCCAUCAGGGUCUCCGGCCACUGAGGUGAUGACCUUCAGCCUCCCACAGUACUGUCUACCCUGGCUGUCUGCUGUGGCUCACUACCUCAGGCAGAACCUUCUCAUCUUCCUGCAUGUACCCAAGUACACCGACAGCAACACAGCGCACCAUUUCAAGCACUACUUUCAUCUGAGCAGUGACUUGGCUGACGGCAAUAUCUACCUCUACAAUAAACCUGGAGGCCAGGGGACUGGAGGCAAAGGUACCAUGUCGGAGCUGGUUCAGCAACUCUUCCCACCUUCUCAGUUUAAAGGUAUCGCCUGCAUCGCCCUCUCAUUCAUCGAUGCCCAUGGUCGUCCCCUUCAGGUUCCAACUCAGGACUGUGCCUCCCUGCAGAGGUCAGAGCACGGCACCACCCCCCUACACCCCGACCAUUUUGAUCAGCUGACCACUGUGGUUAAAGUGGACUCCAUCACUGUCAGCUCAGGUACAGGUAAACACAUCACAGAGCAACUGAGCUAGAAUGAAUUUGGCCUGAGUUGUGAUAUGGUUACUGGUUCUUGGUGGGGUGGUUAGGUUAGAUAGAGGGUAAGGUUACAGUUAUAUGAGGAGUUCAUCACACAUAGGAAGUACCAAAACAAAAGUCAGGGCAGUUUAAUGUACAUGAAAUGUAGACUAGUUCAAAAGGUAUGAGGUUCUAUCUGGGGAAAAAUGACUUCAUUUUCAUCAAGUUUAUUUGUAUGAAGCUAAAAAACACUGGCCA